UACAGCGCGCACCUCCCGGGGCUCCUCAGGUUCGGGAUGCGGACGCAACACGCUCUGGGCCCCCCCGGGCUCCAGCUCUUACUACUGGGGCCCUCACUGCUGCUGCUGCUGCUGGACACGGCCCUGGGGGACAGCCAAGCGCUCUAUGAGCGGGAGAAGGAGCCAGCCUAUUGGGACGCUCAGGCACGUGACACGCUGGUCGCUGCCCUGAAGCUCCGCCCCCGCGAACACCGGGCCAAGAACCUCAUCCUCUUCCUGGGAGACGGUAUGGGCGUGUCCACAGUGACUGCAGCGCGUAUCCUGAAGGGUCAGAUGGAGGGGAAGUCAGGGGAGGAGACAGUGCUGGCCAUGGACAGCUUCCCCUACCUGGCUCUUUCUAAGACCUACAGCGUGGACCGACAGGUGGCCGACAGCGCUAGCACGGCCACGGCCUACCACUGCGGGGUGAAGGCCAACGCCAAGACGGUGGGCCUUAGCGCCCGAGCGGUGGCCUACGAGUGCAACACCACCUUCGGGAACGAGGUGUACUCUGUGCUGCGGCGCGCUAAAGCACAAGGUAAGGCGGUGGGCAUCGUGACCACCACGAGGGUGCAGCACGCCUCCCCGGCCGCCGCCUACGCCCACUCCGUCAGCCGCAGCUGGUACAGCGACGCCGACCUGCCCGCCAGCGCGCGCCGCCACGGCUGCGUGGACAUCGCCACGCAGCUGGUCACCAACGUCGACAUCGACGUGAUUCUCGGGGGAGGACGGAUGUACAUGACCCCCAAGGGAACCCCGGAUCCUGAGUACCCCACCUCCAACUCCCGGAAGGGGGACCGCAAGGACAGGAAGAACCUCAUCGAGCAGUGGCUGAAGGCCAAGCCGAAGAAGAAGUCCCACUAUGUUUGGCACAAGGAGCAGUUUGACGACAUCAACCCCAAGACCACCGACCGUCUCAUGGGUCUGUUCGAGCCAAAGGACAUGCGGUUCGAGGUGUUCCGGAACAACACGCGGGACCCCUCCAUCGUGGAGAUGACCGAGAAGGCCAUCCAGAUCCUCAGCAAGAACCCCCGAGGCUACUUCCUGUUUGUGGAAGGAGGGAGAAUCGACCACGGUCACCACGACGGGGUCGCCAAACUGGCGCUGACGGAGGCUGUGAUGUUCGACCGCGCCAUCCACCGCGCCUCGCGGCUCACCAGGGAGUCGGACACGCUCACCGUGGUGACCGCGGACCACUCCCACGUCUUCACGUUAGGGGGGAACACCCCCAGAGGGAACUCCAUCUUUGGUCUGGCAGCAAAGAAGGCCGAUGACAGCAUGCCGUUCACCAGCAUCCUGUAUGCCAACGGGCCGGGUUAUGUGCAUGUGAACGGAACCAGGGCCAACAUCACGUUGGUGGAUUACUACGACCAGGAGUACAUGCAGCAGGCGGCCGUGCCCCUGGACUCGGAGACCCACGGUGGGGAGGACGUGGCCAUCUACGCCCGCGGCCCCAUGGCCCACCUCUUCCACGGGGUGAAGGAGCAGAACUACGUGGCCCACGUCAUGGCCUACGCCGCCUGCCUGCCGCCCUACAAGGACUGCCCCCCCAAGGAGUGCUCCUACGGGGAGUGCCCCCACACACAGGCCGCCAGCUCGGGGGGCCGCCGGACCCCCGCGUCGGGCGUGUGCCCCCCGCUGGUGGGACUGGUCCUAUGGCUGCUGUUGAAAUGACGAGGGGAACGAAAUGAUGAGACCUUUACAGGAUAUACUGUGCACAAUACAACACACACACACACACACACACACACACACACACACACACACACACACACACACACACACACACACACACACACACACACACACACACACACACACACACACACACACACACACACACACACACACACGUGAGGACCCCACUAUGGACUAAGUGGAAGCAGUUCUAUGCACUAGAGUGAAGAUAAUCAUAUAGACAAUGUAUGUCUGUGCUCCUUCUUCCUCACACACACACACUCACACACACGCACACAUACACGCACAUGCACAUCCAUGUGCAAGACCCAACAACAAAGGCCUAUGUACACAGCCUCCAGGGGUUGAUUUUAAUUGUUGUUAUGGAAACACACACGCACACACACACACACACACACUGCGAUUGUGGCAUCACCAAUUUAAUUGGCGUAAUUUCCAACUGCCGUUUUUAUCACAUGAUAAGUAGGGGCCAGUAGGAUAAGCCUCAAAGAAUCCUCUCAUCUUUGGUCUUUUGGAUCACUGUGUGUAUGUGAGUGUGUGUGUGAGUGUGUGCGUGUGUGGGUGUGUAUGUGUGUGUGUGUGUGUGUGUCUGUAUUUUACCAAAGAACUGAUGACUCGUUGUUUUUCUGAUGACUCAGAGGCCUUAGACAGUGGCUACAAUAGCCAUCAUUUACGAUUUAACUCGAAAGCGUUUAUUAUAAUAAUGGGCAGAGAGGCAAAGCUAUAACUAGUAUAACUCCACUGCCUGAUGGGAAGAGCUGACCUUUGACCUCCGCCUGCGACAUACCAAAACGAUUUCUGAUGCUGUACCUCUUGACUGACCGGAGAUUUAAGUGUAGUUUUGAGUUCUUAUUUUAACCUCAUAGGUUCCAAACUGUGUUCCCCGUAGCUGGUAUGUUCAUCUGAAAUCUACUCGGACGGGGAUACAUGAAUUUAUUUUCUAUGCAGAUAUUGUUAUUGUAUUUUUGUACUGCGUUUUUACCAAAUGUUAGUUAAGUAUGAAAUAAUAAAAACACAAAA